UGGUGGCGCUGUAGCUUCCCUGGUGGUGGUGUUGGUGGAGGAGGUGCCAGCAGUCGGGCAGCAGUCGUCGCCACUGCGCGUCGCUCGAAAUGUUGCAGCAGCAGCAGCCUCUGACGGCCAACGGGGCCUCCAACGGCCGGGGCCUCGCCAUGAGCGGCCACCCGGGGAUGGCGGCCCUCGGCGCGGCGCACCAAGCUCCGCAGCACCGCUCCGAUGGAGGCGAGCCGGGCCUCGACGGCGCGGAGAACGGGCACGAAGCCCGCCGGGACAUCGGCGACAUCCUGCAGCAAAUAAUGACCAUCACCGACCAAAGUUUGGACGAGGCGCAGGCAAAGAAACAUGCACUCAACUGCCACCGAAUGAAGCCCGCAUUGUUCAGCGUGUUGUGUGAGAUCAAGGAGAAGACAGGCCUGUCGAUGAGGAACAACCAGGAGGAGGAGCCUCAGGACCCCCAGCUGGUGCGAUUGGACAACAUGCUGCUGGCGGAGGGCGUGGCCGGGCCCGAGAAGGGGGGAGGCGCCGCCGCAGCCGUGUCGGCGGCCACCAGCUCGGGCGGGAUGUCGCCCGACAGCUCCCUGGAGCACUCAGACUACAAAAGCAAGUUGAGCCAGAUUCGCAGCAUCUACCACACCGAGCUGGAGAAGUACGAGCAGGCGUGCACGGAGUUCACCACCCACGUGAUGAACCUGCUGAGGGAGCAGUCGCGCACGCGGCCCGUCACCCCGCGGGAGAUCGAGCGCAUGGUGGCCAUCAUCCACCGCAAGUUCAGCUCCAUCCAGACGCAGCUCAAGCAGAGCACCUGCGAGGCCGUCAUGAUCCUCAGGUCCCGCUUCUUGGAUGCCAGGCGUAAGAGGCGUAACUUCAGCAAGCAGGCCACGGAGGUCCUGAAUGAGUACUUCUACUCGCACCUGUCCAAUCCCUACCCCAGCGAAGAAGCCAAAGAAGAACUUGCCAAAAGUUGUGGAAUCACCGUCUCUCAGGUCUCCAACUGGUUUGGCAACAAGAGAAUCCGCUACAAGAAAAACAUCGGCAAGUUUCAGGAAGAGGCCAACCUGUACGCCAUGAAGACUGCUUUAGGGGCGCGACAGGGCGACGACUCGCCGCACACUCCCAACUCCACAGGGUCGGGAUCCUUCUCGCUGUCGGGGUCCGCUGAUCUGUUCCUCGGUGUCCCGCCUGUGAAUGGCGAGCAGUCGGCCUACCAAAUGGGAGUGCAGGCGAACGGCAACUGGCAGAGCCGCGGCUCGCCCCCGCCGGGCGCCUCCCCCAACAGCGACCACUCGGACAACUCGGACUGAUCUGCCACGCCCCCCCUCCGCAACUCCCCCACCCCUCCCAAUAUCCUCGCCAGUCGGCGAGAGAAUAACGACAAAAAGAUUGACGGAGCGGGAAAGACAGAAAGAAUGAUAUCACACUCCCCCCCCACUGGGCUGAUGUUUCUUUUUAUGCUGUUUGAUUUUGAAAAGGUGCGUUCUUUUCUUUUUCUGUCCACUUUGCUCUGGUCGUCGUUUUGCUGUUUGGGCCAUCAGCUGAGUGAACGUGUGUCGUGUGCAUGCUGGUUUCAUUCUACCAUCAGGCAGCAGGGAGCGUCCUUAUCCUGCACAUCAGUGCUCCUCCACUGGUUUGGCUGCGGAAUACCCUCCCAUCCUCACAAACAACCAAAUGCUCAAUUACAUUGAAAAUCCUACCGAUUACAGCUUCAAAGCCUUUGAAGUGGGCGAUGACGGUUUCAAACAGCUGCAAACAUGACUAUGAAAUACAUAACUAAGAUGCACAUUUCACUUAGACUUUCUAGGGCUCAACAACGGACAGGGCUGACACAUUCGAACCGCUGCAUAAAGAAAUCUCCCUCUGAAUAAAAUUAUUUUCUGGGGUUUUUUUUUCUUCGUUUGUUUGUUUUUUUCCUCCCAGGCAAAGACCCACAACCCACUGAAAUGGGGUCCGGGUAGCAACCCACCAGUUGAGAAUGGCUGCAUGACAUGUUACUGAGUGUGUGUGUGUGUGUGUGUGUGUGUGUGUGUACACAGUAUGUAUGGUGAUUAUUAUUAUUUGAAGCACACUAUAUGGGUUAUGUUGCUGUUUUAUGACUAAAAGUAGUAGAUUGGAAGGGAGCGAGAGAGGAUGCAUUUAGUGAGUGAGAGGCCAAUAGAGAAAAUCCAAAGACUUUGUAUGUUUGUUUCUCUGUCUUUUGCGCUUUUGUUCUUUACUUACAGGCUGGUGAUGUGAAUGAGUGAGUUCAUAGUCAUGCUUUGAAUGAAAGUGUUGUGUUUUUUUUGUGUACAGUGAAACACCUGUAUUCUCUCUACCUCUUUUACAAUAAAGACUCUCUGUAUUCACAA